UCAAUACUUCUCUGCUCUCUCAAGAAAAUUUUGCUUUUUUUUUUCUCUCGAUUUGAUUCAUAAACCCUAGCUCUUAGAUUUUUUCCGAUCAACGAUAAUGGCGGACGCAGAAACCUUUGCUUUCCAAGCUGAGAUCAACCAGUUGCUCUCCCUCAUCAUCAAUACCUUCUACUCCAACAAGGAGAUCUUCCUUCGUGAACUCAUCAGUAACUCUUCUGAUGCUUUGGACAAGAUUAGGUUUGAGUCUUUGACUGACAAGAGCAAGCUCGAUGGUCAGCCUGAGCUCUUCAUUCACAUCAUUCCCGACAAGACUAACAACACCUUGACCAUUAUUGAUAGUGGUAUUGGGAUGACUAAAGCUGAUUUGGUCAACAACCUUGGAACGAUUGCGAGAUCUGGUACCAAGGAAUUCAUGGAGGCAUUGGCUGCUGGAGCUGAUGUUAGCAUGAUUGGUCAGUUUGGUGUUGGUUUCUACUCUGCUUACUUGGUUGCUGAUAAGGUUGUUGUCACUACCAAGCACAAUGACGAUGAGCAGUAUGUGUGGGAGUCUCAGGCCGGUGGAUCUUUCACUGUGACCAGAGACACCUCUGGUGAGGCUCUUGGUAGAGGAACAAAGAUGGUCCUUUACCUCAAGGAAGACCAGUUGGAGUACCUUGAGGAGCGAAGGCUUAAGGAUUUGGUGAAGAAGCACUCUGAGUUCAUCAGCUACCCAAUCUCUCUCUGGAUUGAGAAGACUAUUGAGAAGGAGAUCUCUGAUGAUGAAGAGGAGGAAGAGAAGAAGGAUGAGGAAGGCAAGGUCGAGGAAGUAGAUGAGGAGAAAGAAAAGGAGGAGAAGAAAAAGAAGAAGAUUAAGGAGGUUUCUCAUGAAUGGGAUUUGGUGAACAAGCAGAAACCGAUUUGGAUGAGGAAGCCCGAGGAAAUCAACAAGGAGGAGUACGCUGCUUUCUACAAGAGUUUGAGCAAUGAUUGGGAGGAGCAUUUGGCUGUGAAGCAUUUCUCUGUUGAGGGACAGCUUGAGUUCAAAGCUAUCUUGUUUGUUCCCAAGAGAGCUCCUUUCGAUCUCUUUGACACUAAGAAGAAGCCCAACAACAUCAAGCUCUAUGUCCGCCGUGUCUUCAUCAUGGACAACUGUGAAGACAUCAUUCCUGAAUACCUUGGCUUUGUCAAGGGUAUUGUUGACUCUGAAGACCUUCCUCUCAACAUCUCGAGAGAAACAUUGCAGCAGAACAAGAUCCUCAAGGUCAUCCGCAAGAACCUUGUGAAGAAGUGCCUUGAGCUAUUCUUUGAGAUUGCCGAGAACAAGGAGGACUACAACAAGUUCUACGAGGCUUUCUCUAAGAACCUGAAGCUCGGUAUCCACGAGGAUUCCCAAAACAGAACCAAGAUUGCUGAGUUGCUCCGUUACCACUCAACCAAGAGUGGUGAUGAAUUGACCAGUCUCAAGGACUACGUGACAAGGAUGAAGGAAGGUCAGAAUGAUAUCUUCUACAUCACUGGUGAGAGCAAGAAGGCUGUUGAGAACUCUCCAUUCCUUGAGAAGCUCAAGAAGAAGGGGAUUGAAGUCCUCUACAUGGUUGAUGCGAUUGAUGAGUACGCAAUUGGUCAGCUCAAGGAAUUCGAGGGAAAGAAGCUUGUCUCUGCAACAAAGGAAGGUCUGAAACUGGAAGAGACUGAAGACGAGAAGAAGAAGAAAGAAGAGCUCAAGGAGAAGUUUGAGGGACUCUGCAAAGUGAUCAAGGACGUUUUGGGAGACAAGGUCGAGAAGGUUAUCGUUUCUGACCGUGUGGUGGACUCACCUUGCUGUCUUGUAACAGGCGAGUAUGGCUGGACUGCAAACAUGGAGAGGAUCAUGAAAGCGCAAGCCUUGAGAGACAGCAGCAUGGGUGGUUACAUGUCUAGCAAGAAGACAAUGGAGAUUAACCCUGAGAACUCCAUCAUGGACGAGCUGAGAAAGAGAGCUGAAGCAGACAAGAAUGACAAAUCUGUGAAGGACCUUGUGCUUCUCCUCUUUGAGACCGCUCUUCUCACUUCUGGUUUCAGUCUCGAUGAGCCCAACACAUUCGGGAGCAGGAUUCACAGGAUGUUGAAGCUUGGAUUGAGCAUUGAUGAAGAUGAUGCUGUUGAAGCCGAUGCUGAGAUGCCUCCCCUUGAAGACGAUGCUGAUGCUGAAGGUAAUGAGCAAUACUUGGGUUCAGCAUUGCUCAUUGUUAAGAUGGCCAAAGGAUGGUUUUCGAUGAGCGGCACUAGUAGCAGCGGAGAUCAGCAGCAGCAGCCGCAGCAAACAGGAGGAACGUCUCUGCUAGCUGAUUGGAACUCUUACGCAGCUUCGAGAGAUUUUGAAGAAGAUACCGGAGCUUUAGGCUUCGAUAUCGAAUCCGCCGUUAGAUCUGCCAACAGCACUGUCUCCGGCACCUUUAAUGUUGUUUCGAAAGGAGUUAGAGAUAACCUGCAGUCUGCAACAAGUAGUAUGCCUUCAGGAAAAGCUUUGAUGUAUUUCGGUUUACUUCUAGCAAGUGGUGUAUUCUUCAUCUUCAUUGCCUUCACCAUGUUUCUUCCAGUCAUGGUGCUUAUGCCACAGAAGUUUGCAAUUUGUUUUACCCUUGGAUGUGGGUUUAUCAUCGGAUCUUUCUUCGCUCUUCGUGGCCCGCAAAAUCAACUCGCUCACAUGUCAUCAGCAGAGAGGCUUCCACUAACUUUAGGUUUCAUAGCUACCAUGGUUGGCACCAUAUAUGUCUCGAUGGUGCUCCAUAGCUACAUUCUCUCUGUGAUUUUCUCUGCAUUACAGGUUGUUGCACUGGCUUACUACUGUAUAUCAUACUUCCCUGGUGGAUCAGCGGGAAUGAAGUUCCUCAGUUCUACCCUUACCUCCUCCGUCUUCAGAAUGUUUGGGAGAUGAGCUUUCUAUUGGAAGAAAGUAAGCAAAAUAACUUGAUUCUCUGGUGUAUAAAGAAAGAUGAAAGAUCUUC